GGGCGGACGGGGACGCAGCCGACUGCGACGGCCGCCCGCCCGCCCUCCAUCCCCGCUGGGCGGUGCUCCGGGAGACGCGGCAUGAAGGGACCUACCUUAGAAACACAGAUGGUGGAAGAUGAAACUGAGACAAGUGAAGAACUGCCUCCACAUUUGCGGGAAGAGCCUCCCGAAGAUGCCAGCAAGGACCACCCGCAGCAGCAGGCGGGAGUGAUCUGGAGAGUGACAGGCGGCCUGUUCAGUAUCACCCGAGGAGCUGUGGGGGCCACACUGGGAGGAGUUGCCUGGGUGGGCAGCAAGAGCCUGGAGCUCACCAAAACAGCUGUGACCAGCGUCCCUGCUGCUGGCGUCGGACUGGUGAAGGGCAGCGUCUCGGCAGUGACCGGCGGCGUCGGAGCCGUCGGCAGUGCAGUGGCCAGCAAAGUCCCUUUCACUGCAAAGAAGAAGGACAAGGCUGACUAAACCCCAUUGCAGCUCCCUUCCAAGAGAUCAACCUGCCCCUACUCUCCCCCUACACAGCACCUCUUUGAGUUGGAACCAGCCACUUCAGGGAGGGUCAAGCACCCAAGCAGACUCUGGCUGCAGCCUGCUCAGCACCGCCUGCCUGACUCAGAGCUCACAGAGCCACUGUCCAUGCCUUUCGCUCCGGGCACCUACUGGGAUCCAUCUCUGCUCCCAGGGUUUCAAAGGCACAUUUGACUCUGUCUUGCAGUUUCCUUCCUCCCGUCUUGCUCUUGUAAGCACAGAGGGGUGGGAGGGAGUGUCAGGCUCCAUCUGCCUGGAGGUGGGGGGGAGUAACAGGGGAAGAAUUGUGCCUGGCUUGAAGUGUGGUUUGUGUAGUCAAACCUCAGCCAGGAAGACAACCUCCGAAACAGGUGUGUUUCAAGGGUCUGCCUGGGGAGGACCAUAGAAUAAAGUCCCAUUGACACAAAGGAGAGAUACUGUGAAGAGGGGGAAGCCUCCCUCCUGCCCUGCACCUCUUACUUUUUCUUUGCAGUGCCCAUCCCACAAGCUGCUCCCAAUCACUUACUCCCUGGCUGAAUUGCACCCUUCAGAGAAGGAACCCUCAAGCUUAGCAGAGCAUCUCCAAGGAUGAUGCCACACAAGAGUAUCAUAUGUCACAGGUCAUCAACUUCUGCACAGAUUUCCUUGCUGAGAGGCAGGAGGAAAGAAAGCUGCUCUAUGUUCCCAUUUGGGGAAGGAGCUGACAGUAGCAUCUGCCAGGCCUCUGUGAUACCGCAGCACAGGUGGUGAUGCUCCAUGGAGAGACAGACCAGGCCCUUGGGCUUCACCCUUCCAAGUCCUGACAGCAUCCCCAGCUGCAACAGGGGCAUUUUGAUUCUAGGCUACACUCUUGUCUCCACAGACAUCAGUAGUAACCAUGAGCAACCAUGUUCCCAAAUGCCACCCAAGUUCUGCUGCAGGGUGGGAUGGGAGGCUCUCCCUGUGAGCCCAGGAGCAGUGGCCUGGCUGUGGGUGGGCUGCACCACAUUGGAAAAUGCUUCCCUAAGGGGCUGAGUGUUCUGCAGCAGCAGCCAGCCUUCACAGGGCACCAGCAACUCCUCCACAUGCUGGUCCUGGGGCUCCAGCCCUGCUCCUCUAAAUGACUGUGUUGCACUAAAUAGCCCACCACGCUCGUAGUGCUGCAGAAACCCAGACACCUGCAUUCAUCUGGGAGUCACAGCCAUCUUCAGACUGGCCCAUGAUGCUCAGAAGGCCAUGUGGCAUCCCACACACACACACACUCACACUCUACUCACUCCAGGAUCCCCUGUUAUUCUUGGGAUGAGGAAAGCCACAGGCUCCACCAUUAGCUCUGCUGCUCCUGGUUUUGGCAAGUGAUUAUCCUAGGUCAUUAGGUGUUGGAUGCAUAGGCAAGUGAAGCAGUGCUUGUGCUGUAGUUUAUAAAUAUGCAUCAGUGUUAGCGUGUGUCUAUGUAUCAGUCCACAGACAUGUUUUCAGCCAGGUAAACAAAACUGUGCCACUGCCAGGGAGGAGUUACAUAGUCAUCUUCAGCACUUCAGCUUAUAGGUUUUCCCUAGGAUCCUGGUCAAAAUAAAACGGAUGUUUUAGAGGAUGUUUCCCCCUCUGUUUCCCAAGAGCAUAGCGUAACGAAACCAAAAGAAUGUGAAAAAUCCCUUUUCUCCCAUCUAUGUGGUUUGUUUACUCUCUGCCCUAUCUUUUGGACAUUGAAGCCAGCUUCCUUGAGCUUCAUUUCCUGCUGGAGGUUGUUGCACUUCCUGGUUGCUCUUUUGUGCUUAGGACUCAGACAUCAGGGAAUAUUUAGGUACAUGUCCCCCACCCCCCCACCAUUUUUGCUGAAUGUUCUUGGGCUUGUCAAGCAGUUUCAUUCUGACCUUUAUUAAACCACGUUUUGGGCCUGACUUCAGUUGCUGUGUCCCUUUGCGAGUCAUGCUGGUGUUAGUCUCUCUCCAUACCUUUUGCUGGGUCAUCCCUGCUGUUUGCAGUGGCAAAAAGUUGCUGAUCUCCACAGUAUGUUAUUCUUGAUAGCAUGAGAGUGGUUUAACCUACAUCUUUGUUUCUUGAAGAGGAAACAGCAUUUGGUAUGUGUGUGCGUUUCUCGUGUCUCUUUUGUUCUCAUGAAGGCCAAGCUGACCCAGACGUGUUGAUUUUGUCUCUGAAGGCAGUGGCUUCACAGAAAGAUCAGGCCUUGAUGUGUGCCUGCACUGUGCUGGGAUGCUCAUGGCAGUUGGCAAGGCCAGAAGAAGCCUUGUCUGUUGUUCCUUUGUCUUAACCACCCUGCAGUGCAGGAGGGCAGUUUGCACUGCAUGGAUCUCUGCUCACUGCUCUCCCUGAGCAAUUCUCAUUUAUUUUUUCAGAUCACAGACUGCUCCUGAAGCCAGCUCUUAUCCCAAAAGCUGCUUGUGGGUAACUAGCUGUGCUGUCACCAGCCCUCUGAGAUAGAUGCGGUUUCUUACUUGUGGGACAGAAGUUUUCUUCCUAACUGCCUCUCCUAGGCCUUAGACAGGAGAAGAUGGUAUCUAAGGGGCUAUACUUCACCUGCCACCCCUGGGCAAGUGAUGGGAAGCUCAUCAUGCUUUUGGCUAAGCUGUAUCCCACACGGGCUCUUUCUGGGGGAGGCAAUACAUCCUUCCCAAGGCAUUAUCUGCAGGCACUGUGUGUGCAGAGCAGGCAUGGAAAAUGGGAUGAAGGUGCACUAUGGAAGGCCAUGCAAGUCCUGGAGGUUUCCUGUGUUUUAUUUCCGCUCUUCUGUGCACCCUUGCAGUAAACAGAGCUCUCCAUUGGUCUGGAACUUCCAUUUCUUUGAGGGGUGGCCUGGAGAGGGAGAGAAGAGGUGUGAAGAGAACUCACAGGCUAAACUGCUGUUCUUACAGCCCAGCUAAUGGAGAACUCAUGGACCAUAAAUAGCAAAAGAGAGCAAACUAGCAGGCAGGGGCACAAGAUUAAAUCUACUCCAAAACCAGGUCCUCACACCACUUAACAGGCAUUCAGGAAUACAUAACUAUGCAGAACUCAAAGGCCUCUGGAAGUAUGUCUCUUGUUACCAUGCUAGGCCUGCUCGGUUCAUCCAGCUGACCCAGCCCCAGGCUGCUUUUCUGGUCACUCUCAGUGCCAGAGUAGAAGGAAAACAGGGUCAGUGUUCCUGGUCUUAGAGCAAAGAUACAUCCUGACAGCUUUGUUUGCAGGUCAGUAGGACCUGGAUCAGAUGGGGUUGGGCCCUGAUGGAUGCCCCGUUUUUCCUCCUCACCCACUGUAGAGGCUCCAGCCAUCUCAGAGUCCAGCAGCCCUUCUCCCACCACCCCUUUGUGAUAAGUGGGAGAAAAACUAUAUUGUGCAUAAAUCCCAUUGCUGCUAGAUGGGGGGGGUCUGGUACAAAGUGGGGAGGGCAGGGGCAGCACUGAGGUGGAGGGAAGGAUUGAAGGGAGUUAAUUGAAGGAGGAGCACCAGUUUUCAGGAGACAAGAUGAGGAGGGACUGGUGACUUGAGGCGAGGAAUGGGAGAGCAAAAGGGGAGUUUGUUUCUUAGGACAAGCUCUGAAUCAGAGCACGGACAGAUGGAGUUUGUCCUAGGGAAGAACACAGAAAUGAAAGUGGUUUAAUGUCUGUUUUGGUAUGUGGUGGUGGUCCAUGUCUGGCUGGUGCCCUGCUUUCGUAGUAGUGAUGAUUGCCAACGGAUGGUCCAAACGUCAGAUUGGCUGCCUCUUUACCACCUCCUCCCUUCCCAGUUCUCCCCCAGCCUUUUGUCAUUAACUCCUCAUGGUGGGGCUGGUUCUCCCUGUGGUGGAGGUGGGAUGUGGCUCUACACAUGCAUCCCUGUGCCCUGCAUGGCUGGAUGUUCCCCGUGCUCAAGGGACACAGCCCAGCUGAGAGGAGAGUCCAUGGGCACAUCCUCCCUUUUCCCUUUGCUCAUCUCAUUAUCCUUCGCUUUCUUGUUCAUCCCCCCCAAGCUUUCUGUAUUGCCCUGGAGAGAGCUCUCCAAAGUUCUCUCUGAGACCUUUGUUAAACAGCCACACUCAUUGGCUGGGAGGGCAGAGAGGGUGACUGCCCCCACAGCUCCCCUGGCUGGGAGAGAAGUGCAUGUCUUCCAUCCCUCUCUGUCCCCUUGUGUUUUGCGUGUGGAAAAUCUUAACCCACUUCUUGUCCUCUGGGUUCCCUCCUUGGCCCUGUGGGCAGGUCAUUUCUGUGUCUCCGUUGCAAAGUCACCCUUGUACAAACAACAGUGUGAGUGGGAAUGUAGAGAUGGCUAGAGAGAGCCACAGAGCCACUGGGACAGAUGCCAUGGCCUGACUCUGCUUCUCUAGGAGCUGAGGUGCCCUUUGGGAACCCAAAACUGUCACUGUGGCCACGCGGUCCCUUGUACGGUGCUGGGCUCCAGAGAACACUUUUGUUUUUUAUCAUUUCAUUGUCUGUAAUUGGUUUCCUACUGAAUUUGUUUGCUUGGUUUGUUUUGCAGUGUGUUUCUGGGAAUAUUCUGCAUCUCUGUAUUUUAAUUACAGUAAAAUUUGAGGAUAAAAA